AUGGCAACGAUCCUAUCGCUUCCUGUUCGACAACAACAAGAUUCAUCAAAAUCAAACAUUGUCACAAGCAAGUUUCCUAAACAUUUUGGUGUAAAAACACGUAUCAAUCGUAUGUUCAAAUGGUGUAAUAAGAUACGAUAUAUACAUAUGCUGAUAUUGGUAUUCUGUACACAACUUGCCGUUUGGCUACCUUUAAUGAGCAACACUUCAACAGAGACGAUUGAAUUAUCAAUGAAUAGAAUCAAUGUAUCGUUGGCAGCGAAUGAAAUUUAUGAUCGAGCCUACGCUAGUGAGUAUUUCCGAUUAAUUCAUUAG